CGUAAUUCGCUUUUAUUUAUUAAAUGUCUAUUGUUAUUUUGUAGUGCGUUAUUUGUCGUAUUAGUGAGUUUAGAACGGAGGAAGAGGAAGUGUUUGUUUGUUAGAAAAAAAAACAAAAUAGCAAUCUUGUUUGUCACGUGAUCGGGUAUCCUUUAUAAAAGAGAUGACCUGGGAUGGACGGCGAGUUAGAAAUGAGAACGGAGAAGUUUGGAGUGGUUCUGCUGGUGUUUGUUGGUCACGCGUGGUGUAGGCAAUCGGAUGAAGACGAUACCAGGAGCGUACGAGUUAAUUACGGAGGAUGGAGACCCAUUAGGGGGAGGAAUCAUUACGCUAGGAAGCUGAACGACUCGAAAAUCGACCCCUCUCAAAGAAACUUAUACGUUGUAGUGCCGAGUGAAUUAGUUAACGCCGCGAAGGAGCCUGUUAGAGAGCAGCCAAAACACCAUCAAGAAGAUUAUCACGCGGCAGAAUCUCAAGUUAAGCAACUGAGAGCGUUGGAUGCCGAACCGUUCCCCGUUUCGGAACCCAUUACAGAUUUGAGGACUUUCAUUGGUGCUAAAUUCGAAGACCAGCACGUGCAAGAAUCUCAACAAAGUGAAGUCUUUCAUCAAACUAUUUUUCCUGGUAAACCACCACCGUUUAAUGGAGAACGAACCAAACUUCAUAAUAAUCACCCCGGUCAGAAAGAAGGAAACGAUCCAACGUUUGAAAUCAGUCAUCAAGGUGUAUUGCAGUUAAAACCCAUCGGUAUUAUUCCUAAUUUUCCAAAUACGGGACAUUUUCAACACGCGGAAGAUCUUAAUGUUCAAGAGAAUAAUCUUCACGGUUUAAGAGGAUUUAAACAAGAAGGAGUGGAAGUGGCACAGGAGCAACGUCCUCAUCCCAAUUUCCACAAAAAUGACCAUCACUUUGGAUUAAGAAUACGUAAUCAGGAGACAAAAUUAGUAGAGGAGAAGUUUAAACAACAGAAUUUUGCAGAUAACUCUGAGAGAAUUCAUCCUAACGCUGAAGGAUACGAAAAUAUUGAGUAUUUUGAAGGUCAUUCAAGUGUCCAUUCAAGUGAAAAGCGUUUACCUCCUAAACGCUAUCAUCCCUCAAUUCGUCCCAACUCUGCCAACCAGCAACUGUUUCAAUCUAACAAUGAACACCAAUCAUCUGUAGUUACUAACAUAGGUCAACAACCAUCUGUCGUUAAUGAUAGAGAGCAUCAAUCAUCUGUCCAUUUCCAGAAAACACUCAGCAGUCAGUUACAUUUUGGAGAAAAUACAGAACCGAAGGACCACUACGAGAAAGGCGAAACGCGAUUUAUUUCGCAGAUCGACAAAACUGUAAAUGCUCAUCCUUCUUCUCGUCCUUAUCCGUCCAGAGGCACAUAUUUUCCACCAUUAAUAAACCCGAACAUCAAUGUAGAGCCGAAUAACGCCGUGCCUUUUCAGCCUUCUUUUAGACCUUCCGUCGGCCCAGCCGUUCCUCAUGGUAUAAGACAAGAAUUUGUUUCUGCUCCUCAACCUCCGCAACAACCAUUGCCGAACUGUGCACCAAGGAUUAGCAACGAAAACCAUAAUCUUGAAAAUUCUUUAGAAGAGAUCACUGAACGAUACGAUGCAAACUUGCUGUUUCAACACGUUCCUCUUUCUCAAAAUGGAUUACUGCGAUUAAUAUCAGCUGGAGGCCCGUAUACUUUAUUCCUACCAUCAAACGAAGUAAUUUUGCGUUUGCCACAACCACUUUUACAAAAAUGGAAAAGAAAUCCUCAGGCAUUGAUGUUUAUUCUUCUAAAUCAUGCCGUUCAUGGAAGAGUUACACUUUCAGAUCUGCGUGAGAAAAGACUCGUGGAGUCCAAAUCAAACAAUGCACUCUUAUUUAUUAACGAUUACAGGAACGAAACAGUUACUAUCAACGGAAGAAGGAUAAUAACAGCUGAUAUACCAGGUCCACACGGAGGUGCCAUACAUAUAAUUGAUGGAAUUCUUCAUCCGCCGGCCGAUAAAGACAUAAUAGAUACCAUCACGGUCUGUGAUAGAUUUGAUGGUUUCCUUACUUUAGCAGAUGCUGCUGACGUUACGGGAUAUUUACGUGGAGCGGGACCAUUCACUCUAUUUUUACCAAGCAAUGAUGCUCUGAUGAAGAUCGAAAAAGAGGACAUGGACAUUCUUAAAUCUAACAUCACUGCUCUUAGAGAAUUUCUCCUGUAUCAUAUUCUGGAAGGUGUAUAUUAUGGCGGCGACUUACUCGAUGGUCAAUAUUUACAAACUGCAUACCAAGAGCAUUCAGUUAAAGCUGGAAUUAGGGUCGAUGGUUGCUACAGGCGUUUUGCCGAAGUCAACAACUCUCCAGUGUAUCGUGCAGAUAUUCCAGCAAGAAACGGUGUAGUUCACGUUAUAGAUUGGGUUAUAAGACCCACGGAUUUAGACUGGUGCGAAGGAAUGGUAUUGCCAUGAAGAAGCAAUGACUUCAAUUACGAACUCAGGGACAAAUAGCAAUUCGAUAACAUUAACAUAGGCUAAUUUUUAUUUUAUAAUAAAAUGUUUAUAUAGAUUUUGCAACCAAUUUUUCAGGCCUAUGGCAAUUUGUGUUCAGUUAUCGAUUUUAACAGUUACGAAAUACUUUUUUACAAUCUUGUUCUUAUUUAAAUGAGAGAAAAUCAAGUUUAAUUACUUUCCUUGUUUUCAAAUAAGUUAACAUAAACUUUAAACUUUUUCAUGUUUUACUCAGAUAAUUGUCAUUGGAACACUUUUUAUUAAAAUUAUCGCUCUUUAUUAUUAUUUAUAUGUU